AUGUUACGAGAAUAUCUUCUCUUGCCGCUGCUGGCAGCAUACAGCGCAGCUUAUACAAUCACCGUCGCGAAGUCCGGCGGUAAUGUUACGAGCAAUCUACAGUACGGUGCCAUGGAAGAAGAGAUCAAUCAUGGUGGUGAGGGAGGUUUAUACGCAGAGUUGAUCCGCAACCGAGCCUUCCAAGGCAGUGAACUCUACCCAUCCAAUCUGGAUGGGUGGAGUGCAGUAGGUGAAUCAACAUUGACUCUUCAGAAUCUGAGUGCUCCUCUGUCAUCCGCUCUCCCAACAUCUGUCAAGGUCGAAGGAAGCGGAACCAUCGGUUUCACGAAUAUGGGAUUCUGGGGGAUCGACGUGCAGCCUCAGAAGUACACCGGAUCUUUCUACGUCAAGGGAUCUUACUCUGGCUCGUUCAAGGCAUCUCUUCAGUCCAGCACCGGAAAGACUCUUGCCAGUGUUGAGAUUACUUCAAAGAGUGUGUCCAGCAAAUGGGUUCAGCAUGAUUUUACUCUCACUCCAACGACCACGGCGUCUAAUGUGAACAAUACCUUUUCACUGACGUUCGAUGCUUCGCAAGCUUCCAGUGGCUCUCUGGAUUUCAAUUUGAUUAGUCUAUUCCCACCCACCUGGAAUAACCGUCCAAAUGGACUGCGAAAAGACCUCAUGCAAGCCUUGAGUGACUUUGGUCCGAAAUUCCUCCGGUUUCCCGGUGGAAAUAACUUGGAAGGUGAAACCAUUGACACCCGGUGGAAGUGGAAUGAGACAAUUGGGCCCCUCACAGAGCGACCUGGACGACCCACCACCUGGGGCUACGAAGAAACUGGUGGAAUGGGACUGGUCGAGUAUAUGGAAUGGUGUGAUGAUCUCAGCAUGGAGCCAAUCCUUGCCAUAUGGAGCGGUCUCGCUCUUAACGAAGAUGUUGUCCCUGAGGCCGACCUUGAUAUCUAUGUCGAAGAUGCUCUCAAUGAGUUGGAGUUCCUGACUGGCUCCGUUGACACUGAGUAUGGUGCUCUUCGAGCUAAAUAUGGUCACCCUGACCCGUGGACGAUCAACUAUGUUGAGGUUGGUAACGAAGAUAACGACAGCGGCGGAUUGAGCACCUACACCGCAUACCGCUUUGCAGCAUUUAAUGAUGCUAUCGCUGCAAAACACCCUAACAUCCAGGUUCUUGCCUCAACAAUUGAUAUGACACUUCCGGGUUCUACCGGUGGUGAUUAUCAUCAGUAUGAUGUUCCAGACAAUUUUGUCAGUGAAUUUGACAUGUGGGAUAGCUACACUGAUGCUCACCCUAUCCUGCUUGGUGAAAUUGCGGCACUUGAAUAUAACAACGGGGUUGGUCUCGACUGGAGUGACUACACUGCUUCGUUGUACCCAUGGUGGAUCGGAUCAGUUGCGGAAGCGGUCUUCCUCCUUGGAGCAGAGAGAAAUGCUGACAAAAUUAUUGGAGCAACAUAUGCGCCUUUCUUCAUGAAUCUCGAUUCCUACGAGUGGAGCCCGACAUUUCUGGCUUUUGACUCCAAAACCGGUAGUGUAACCAAGUCCACAAGUUACUAUGUCUAUACUCUCUUCAACCAUAAUCAUAUGACGAAUACCCUUCCUGCAACAUCUGCCGAUGCCUUUGGCCCCCUUUACUAUGUGUCAGGCCUCGACAACAAGACCAAUUCGCACAUCUGGAAGGGUGCUGUAUAUAACAGCACUGCCGAUGUUCCUGUGUCCUUGAAAUUCGAGAGCAUUGGACAAGGAACAACAGCUGACUUGACUAUUUUGACUGCCCCCGACGCUUACUCAAUGAACGAGGUGGGAGAAGCCAACAUCGUGAACACGAAAACCACAAUAAUCAAGGCCGGUAAAAGUGGAGUAUUCAGCUUCAGCUUGCCUAACCUAAGUGUUGCAGUUCUUACAACCAACUAA